UAUCUGAAAAAAAAGCACAAACUUCACUCUUUAGGGCUCUGCUCUCGAAAAACCAUGCCCACCUGAACCACCCAAUCCUCCGCCGUCCGAUCAAUGUCAUCGCCGCCGCCGUCGUCGGCGUUCUCCGUGAUCUGCCUGCUCCACGCGGCGAUCGCCAUCGCUUGCGGCGCGUCCAUGAUGUUCUACAUGUCGGAUCUGUACACCUUGGGGCACGGAGUCGAGACGGCGCAGAAGCUUCUCGGGUCGACGCCGCACGACCAGCUCCUGAUCCGGACCUCCGACUCGUUCUCCGGGUUGCUCCUCUUCGCGAUCGGGUUCCUGCUCCUCAUGGUCUCCUUCGUCAGAGAUCGCGAGUUCCAGAGCUUCUUCGCCAAGGGCUGCACGCUCCUCCAUGUCUUCAUGGGCCUCUGGCGCUGCUACUUCGAGCGCAGGGUCGAGGAUCUCGCCUGGGAUUGGCUCCGGCAGACCGUCGGCGACGUCGUUUUGGCCCUCUCUUGGGUCUUCUUCCUUGUGUACUCGUGGAGAGAAAAGUACGAUUAAGCCCCUCCCUCUCACUAUUUUUACAGCUUGUUAAAAACUUGUAUCAAGGGUAAAAAUGUCAAAAAAUUCACCGAGUUUGUGUUGGUGUUUCCUGUAAAUUUCGAUGUUUCUUGUUGGAUUUUUACAUACAGGAUAGUGGAAUUGGUAAUCUCUGCUGUAAAUAUUCACUCUUUUUUGGAUAAUAAAACUCAUAUUUUGAUGGUAA